GAAAGUCAGGAAUGGCAGAAAUCUGCGUCAUUCCAGGGAGUUGCCCUUCACUCCUCUCUCUCUCUCUCUCUCUCUCUCCUCUGCUCUGCUCUGUUUCUAUAGUCCCACCCACUCUGUCCCUCCCUUCCUACCUCUCUCUCUUUCGCUGUCUCACACACAUCCUCUUUUGCAUAAUAGUAGCAGGAACUCCUCUGAACUGGUCUAAACCGUUCCUGAGCUGCGUUCAUCCACACUUCAUCCACACCGACUGCAGGAUGCCACUCGGAGGGGGAAACAGGUGCGGCUGCUGCCAGAAGACUGUGUACUUUGCAGAGGAAGUCCAGUGCGAAGGGAAGUUUUUCCACAAGUCCUGCUUUCUCUGCAUGGUGUGCAAGAAGAACUUGGACAGCACCACAGUGGCCGUACACGUGGACGAGAUCUACUGCAAGUCCUGCUAUGGCAAGAAAUAUGGGCCAAAAGGCUACGGUUUUGGAGGUGGGGCAGGGACCUUGAGCAUGGACACGGGUGAAGCCCUGGGAAUUAAACCUGAGGAGCAAGGACCACACCGUCCCACCAACAACCCCAACGCUUCAAAGUUCGCUCAGAAGUUUGGAGGAUCGGACGUAUGUCCUCGCUGUGGGAAAUCAGUUUACGCAGCAGAAAAGGUGGUGGGAGCCGGAAAUUCGUGGCAUAAGAGCUGCUUCAGGUGCGCCAAGUGUGGCAAGAGCUUGGAGUCCACCACUGUAGCUGAUAAAGAUGGGGAAGUCUACUGCAAAGGAUGCUAUGCUAAGAAUUUUGGACCUAAAGGUUUCGGGUUUGGUCAGGGAGCAGGAGCUCUAGCUCACGCUCAGUAAAGCAGCAGAGACCUGAAGAUCCUCCAGCUUCUACAGCAGAGUCUUAAACACGUGCAGUUUACACACUUUAGAAAUGCUUCUAAAUGUAAAUGAAACUAUAUUUUAUAGUCAUUGUUUGAGAUGGAACAAAUCCCAGAAGUGACUUGGCAACAUGCUAACGGCUACUGGCUAAUUAUAUCUACUGGGGUUGGUUUAAUAUUUCUAUUUUUUAAAUAAUAAAAUAAUUUUUGCAACAGAAAGAGCUAAUUUAUUACAGUAACAAAAAAUAAAACACUGUUUUAUUCUUGUUUUACAUUGUUCCAGCAACAGAAAGUUCUAUUCUUAUUCUAAUUGAGUUUUUUACUAACUAUAUUUCUAAAUGAACACUACAUACAGUAUUACUACAGUAUUACAACAAUAUUAGAUAUAACAUGUGGUCAUGGGGGUUCAUAAAAAAAUCUGAAUAAAGAAAUUAUAAUACACUA